CCAGGUUCAGAUUCCACCUGGGUGUCUCCUUCAGAAGUGCCGUCAAUGGUGCCGUCACUGUGCGAAGUCCUGGUGCUGUCCUGGUCACGUUUUGGCUCAGACGGAGAGGGGCCCUGGGAUUGAUCUCUAGAAGGCCCCUCAGCUAUCUCAGGCCCUUUCUGUUGCAGGAGGCAACAGUCUCAUGUUUCGACCAGCUUUGCUUUUUCUCGGUGUACAUUUACUCCACGGAGAACGAUUGCCCGUGAACCAGCCCGACUUGGAGGAGGUCUCAGGCAGUCCGAGUCCGCAGGGCCUCCUCCAGACCCGCGAAGAGUCUCAGCAGUCGGGGACCCAGCAGAAGCUUCGCACUGCUCCGCGGCGGAUAGGGCGUAGCAGGCGGCAGCGCUUCCAGACGCGACAAAGACAUCGCCAAACGUCUCGGCGAAAGCGGGAGAAGGGCUUUGUUGGAACCGCAGACUUGCAGCGAAUCUCCAAAGCCGAAAAGCGGCAGCGGCUCUUCGGGCGACAUACAUCGCAGGCGGAGUAUGUGAGCCGUGCUCGUGCGGUCUCGGGAGCCAACAGCAGUCAUCGAAGAUGGGAUUUAGUGGGUGGCCCUGAUGCUGGGAUGAGCGAUGACCCGGAACCAGAUGUCGGAGACAGGUAUGCCAGGCUGACCGAUGAGCAGCGAAAGCAGAUCAAACUCUUAGAACAGGAGCUUGAUAGCGAUGUCCCUCCGAACCACACGGGCCUGUUGGGCCCCAUGGCAGAGCAGCCGAUGUUGAUGGCGGUGGCCGGUGGCAUUGGCGCGUCGGUGGGCAACACGGGCAGCAUCAAUUUCGACCGCACGCCUCAUCCUGGAAGCGACUUGAUCCGACGGAUGAAGAUGCAAGACUUGGUGGUGAUGUGCUUGCUCUUGUUUGUGUACUUCGCAACGCUUUCCUUUAGUGCAUGCUUGGCACACAGACAGGCAGCGAAUCGCUCCAGGGUGAAGUUCUACGCGGAUCCGAGAAUGUUCAUCAACACGGCUGACCAGGAUGGGGAGGAUGCCUUUCUGGAGGCCUUCAACCAACAACCCAAGCAGGUGCACUUGCGGGUCACCGGGUAUUUGCCCGUGGCCAACAACUUUCCGGGCUCCUUCUUUUGGAGAGAUGGCCUCUAUGCUGUCGCCUUCUCCUUCGCACUGGACUUGACGCCUUGGGUGGCGAGAGGGACGCCAGAGAAUACUGACACAGAUGAUGAGGAUUCCCCGGAGGUUGGAGUGGCUUCAGAGGACUACGCCCAGCUGCAAAAGUUCCUGGCGAACAACACCAACGAUCUUAGCAUCGUGCAAGUGCGGAAGCACAUCCAGUGGCAGUGCUGGGAUGAGCUCGCCAUGAACAUCAAGCAUCAGAUUCGACAAAGUGGUUUCGAAGGAGUGCUGAGCAUCGACCGCACCGAAACAGAGGAGAUGUGUGUUUACAAGAACACCCAAUGGGCCAACUUCAUGCACGGCAAAGCCCUGAAGGUCUUGUUGGCCCUUAGUGUGGUGGGAUGGAUUUUCUACGUGCCGUACAUGUGGAUGCGCUGUACCUAUUUGCCCAUUCGCUGUGCCCACCACAUCAACAUUUCAAUUGGUGACUACUGGCAGCACAUCGCAGAGGGUUUGAGCGCCAAUGGAUUUUUGGCCGGAGAUGGGCCACAGAUCGUCUUCCCUGCUCAGCAAGCAGCACGGCAGGACUCCUCAGAUGAUGUGGACAGCGAGUGAAGUAGCAACACAAAGUCCUCCCUUGGAGCCUUUCUUUAUGCCGGAUAACCCAUCAGCUGGUGUUUCUAUUGUGGGCAUCUAGGACGAAACUUUAAAGGG